UAGCAUUACCCAGAAUACCACAGUACCUGCAGAGACUAGCUUGUCAGUAUGGUGUGGCUGAGACUGUGGGCUUUCCUGCAUAUACUUGCUAUUGUAACUUUGGAUUCAGAGCUCAAGAGGCGGGAAGAGCUGUUUCUGAGGAGUUUGGGUUUCUCUUCCAAGCCUAACCCGGUAUCUCCUCCUCCUGUCCCUUCUAUACUUUGGAGGAUAUUCAACCAAAGGAUGGGGAGCUCCAUUCAGAAAAAGAAACCAGACUUGUGCUUUGUGGAGGAAUUUAAUGUUCCUGGUAGUGUUAUCAGAGUGUUCCCUGAUCAAGGUCGGUUUAUUAUUCCCUACUCCGAUGACAUCCACCCAACACAAUGCCUGGAAAAGAGACUUUUCUUCAAUAUCUCAGCAAUAGAGAAGGAAGAGAGAGUCACCAUGGGGCAGUUGGAAUUGAGGUUCAGCCAGAACACCUAUUACGGAAGGGUAUUUGAUCUGCGUCUCUAUCGCACAUUACAGAUCACGCUUAAAGGGAUGGGAAGAAGCAAAACAAGCAGAAAGCUGUUGGUGGCCCAAACUUUCCGUCUUCUGCAUAAAUCCCUCUUUUUUAACCUGACUGAAAUUUGCCAAAGCUGGCAAGACCCACUGAAGAACUUGGGUUUGGUCUUGGAGAUCUUUCCUAAAAAGGAAAGUUCCUGGAUGUCGACCGCUAACGAUGAGUGCAAAGACAUACAGACCUUUCUCUAUACCUCCUUGCUGACUGUGACCCUCAAUCCUUUGCGGUGUAAAAAGCCACGUAGAAAAAGAAGCUAUAGCAAACUGCCUUUUACUGCCAGCAAUAUCUGCAAAAAGAGGCGCCUUUAUGUUGAGUUUAAAGAUGUUGGAUGGCAAAACUGGGUGAUUGCACCUCAAGGUUACAUGGCCAACUACUGCUAUGGAGAGUGUCCAUACCCGCUGACAGAAAUACUUAAUGGGUCCAACCAUGCAAUUCUGCAGACCUUGGUCCACUCUAUAGAGCCAGAAGACAUUCCUCUUCCUUGCUGUGUUCCGACAAAAAUGUCUCCCAUAUCAAUGUUAUUCUAUGACAACAAUGACAAUGUGGUGCUGAGACAUUAUGAAAACAUGGCAGUAGAUGAGUGUGGCUGCAGGUGACCAUAUGUGCCAGUACAUACAAAUAAUUUGAUUCUAUUAAUUAGUAUUCCUGUUAAUGUGACCUACUAGUGUAUGCUUGUUCCUGUAGUUAUUAAUAUGGGAGAAUUUAUUUGUAACCCGAUCAAGGUUAAUAGUUACUGCUUGGAUUAAGCAAUGGAUGUAGCUUACACAUAGGCAACAAUAUUGUGUGCUACAGAUCCACAUUCACUACCAUCAGUGUUCAUGGUCUGCUAGGAAAAAUAUACUGAUCUAAAAGCAAUAUUUCUACUUUAUUUCUACACUGUUAUGUCAUAGAUUUUAUCAUUCUUAACGUAUUCACAGUCCUGUAUAUGCACAGAGUAUCUUGAGUGCUAGUAAGGGUGUUGGGACAUCAUCAUAUUGAUUUGCCUUGACUGUUAGCUGUUAGCUGUUAAGGAGCACAUAUGCUAAAAUUCACUUUGAUCUUGUGUGAAUGUAUAUAUCACUAUAUGAUGUUGUUAAUAAUAAUAUCUUAGAAGAACAUGGUAUAUAACCUGAUGACUUUUCUAUUUCACUAAAAUUAGAUGAGGUGCUUGCACUAUUCACUGCACAGAGGCGUAAUCCUCCAAUAUGAAAAUAAAAAAAUAUAUAAUAGUCCAUAUGACUUGAGCAUUCUGGCCAGUGAUAGAUCUAACAGGUCAUAUGCACUGGUUGGUAGAAAGUUGGUUACACUGUCCUUCAUGUACCAAUAGGGAGGUAGAUGCCAUUGACAUACAAGUGGUAUUUAAAUAAUUAUUUGUUUUUAAAAAAUAUAUUUUUAGGCUCUAAAUGCAAUGUUUUUUUACGCUGCCGGUCUUGCAUUUGUCUGUGGAAAGGCAACAUAACUUAUGCCUAUUGCUUCUAUUUGCUUCCCUAUAAGAUGAGUUUCCUAUAAAGAAAAUGGAGUGCAUCUGUGGGGUAAAAUACCUUAGACAAUUUUUCAUUGAUACUUUUUAAGCUGCUUUUACAUACCUAAAAUCUUUGAGUGAAACCAUCGUAAACCCCUGAUGGACAGAAUGGAUAAAAAUCAUACAAAAUCUGAAAACUAACAGUAAUAAAAAUGUUAAUGUAGUGGUAUUUCUGCUAUAGCCAUAGAACCACAGGUUUUGGUACCAGGGUGUGCCUAUAUAAAGAUACUUGCUUAUUGUAAACCAUUGCUUUUAAAUUGUGAAUAAAAUGUAUUUGGAUUUGUUUAACUUGGCUAACUUGCAUGCAAUGUGGGAAUUAAAGUGAAGUAUAAUAAAUAUCUAAAUAAUA